ACACACACAGACAGAUCGAGAGAGUGCUUUUAUUUGGUGUUGUGUGUUUUCUCUCUCUGUGGGAUAUGGGUUCACCCCAAAGCUGUUGAUCGGUUCCCCUUCUCUGUGGCUCAGUUGAGUGAGUUCUCUGGGAAGCACAGCCCUGGGAUUGCAGUCAAUGGAGUCCCACUGUUACCCACAGACAGAACACCACCGAUAGGAGUUCCUAAUUAACGGGAGGCACCGCCUGGAGAGAGAGAGGGAGAGAGAGAGGGAGAGACCAACCAACCAACCAACCAACACUCCCACAACACGGUGCAAGUUCAAGCCAACGCCAUGGGGAGCAAAGGGCAUUACAAGUAUCACUGGCAGAGCCACAAUGUCAAGCAUAGCGGGGUGGAUGAUAUGGUUCUCCUCAGCAAAAUUACAGAAGAUGGCAUUGUGGAGAACUUGAAGAAACGAUACAUGGACGACUACAUCUUUACAUACAUUGGGCCUGUGCUCAUCUCUGUGAAUCCGUUCAAACAAAUGCCGUACUUUGGAGAAAAGGAGAUCGAAAUGUAUCAAGGAGCGGCUCCGUAUGAGAACCCGCCUCACAUUUAUGCUCUCGCUGACAGCAUGUAUCGGAACAUGAUCAUCGACAGGGAGAAUCAGUGCGUCAUUAUCAGUGGCGAAAGUGGAGCUGGAAAGACGGUGGCUGCAAAAUACAUCAUGGGCUACGUUUCCAGAGUGUCAGGAGGUGGCCCCAAAGUCCAGCACGUCAAGGACAUCAUUCUACAAUCAAAUCCUCUCCUUGAAGCUUUCGGAAACGCUAAAACAGUGAGGAACAAUAACUCCAGUCGAUUUGGGAAAUACUUUGAAAUCCAGUUCAGCCCCGGUGGAGAGCCAGAUGGUGGAAAAAUCUCCAAUUUCCUACUGGAAAAAUCUAGGGUCGUUGCAAGGAAUCCCGGAGAACGAAGCUUCCACAUCUUUUAUCAGCUUAUCGAAGGCGCCUCCGCAGAUCAAAAGUCUAACCUGGGCAUUACCAACCUAGACUACUAUUAUUACCUCAACCAGUCGGGCUCCUACAAAGUGGACGACAUUAACGAUAAAAAGGAUUUUCAGGAAACCUUGCAUGCUAUGAACGUGAUCGGGAUCUUCUCCGACGAACAGGCCAUGGUCCUGCAGAUUGUAGCUGGUGUCCUUCACCUCGGGAACAUCAACUUCAAAGAGGUCGCCAACUAUGCCGCAGUGGAGAGCGAAGAGUUCCUGGCGUUCCCGACUUUUCUCCUUGGGAUUAAUCAGGAGCGUCUGAAGGAAAAACUGACCAGCCGGCAAAUGGACAGCAAGUGGGGAGGCAAGUCUGAGUCCAUUAACGUGACUUUGAAUGUGGAGCAGGCGUGCUACACCAGAGAUGCAUUAUCCAAGGCCCUUCAUUCCCGCAUCUUUGACUAUCUGGUGUAUUCCAUUAACAAGGCUAUGGAGAAAGAACAAGAGGAAUAUAACAUUGGUGUACUGGACAUUUACGGCUUUGAGAUCUUCCAAAAAAAUGGCUUUGAACAGUUCUGCAUCAACUUUGUGAAUGAAAAACUCCAGCAGAUAUUUAUUGAGCUCACUCUGAAAGCUGAACAGGAAGAAUAUGUGCAAGAAGGAAUUAAAUGGACGCCUAUAGAUUACUUCAACAAUAAAAUAGUCUGCGAUCUGAUAGAGAAUAAACUUAAUCCGCCGGGCAUUCUGAGUAUUCUGGAUGACGUGUGCGCAACGAUGCACGCGACGGGGGAUGGGGCGGACCAGACGCUGCUGCAGAAACUCCAGAUGCAGAUCGGGACUCACGAGCACUUCAACAGCUGGAACCAGGGGUUCAUCAUCCACCACUACGCAGGCAAGGUGUCCUACGAUGUGGAGGGGUUUUGUGAGCGGAAUCGGGACGUGCUUUUCAAUGACUUGAUCGAGCUCAUGCAGAGCAGUGAGCUUCCCUUCAUCCGUACAAUUUUCCCCGAAAAUCUACAAUCAGAAAAGAAAGGUCGACCCACGACGGCAGGCACCAAAAUCAAGAAACAGGCAAACGAUCUUGUGGCAACCCUGAUGAAGUGUACGCCCCAUUACAUCCGCUGCAUCAAACCCAAUGAAACCAAGAAGCCCAGGGACUGGGAGGAGAGCAGGGUUAAGCACCAGGUGGAGUAUCUGGGUUUAAAGGAAAAUAUCAGAGUGCGAAGGGCAGGCUACGCUUACAGACGAGUCUUUAAGAAAUUCCUACAAAGGUACGCAAUCUUGACCAAGGAGACUUGGCCAGCCUGGAGAGGUGAGGAGAAACAAGGAGUUGUCCACCUCCUCAGGUCCGUCAGUGUGGAUCAGGAUCAGUACCAACUGGGGAAAACAAAGCUCUUCAUCAAAGCCCCGGAGUCUCUCUUUUUAUUGGAGGAGAUGAGAGAGAGGAAGUACGAUGGAUACGCGCGGGCCAUUCAGAAGGCCUGGAGGAAAUAUAUCGCCAGAAAGAAAUACGUACAGAUGAGAGAGGAAGCGUCGAAUCUGCUGCUGAACAAAAAGGAAAGGAGGCGAAACAGCAUCAACAGGAACUUUGUUGGCGAUUAUAUCGGGAUGGAUGAUCGCCCAGAGCUCAGGCAGUUCAUAGGGAAAAGAGAGAAGGUUGAAUUUGCGGACACCGUCACGAAGUACGACCGAAGGUUUAAGACUGUGAAACGGGAUCUCGUCCUCACCCCAAAGUGCCUCUACAUGAUCGGGCGAGAAAAGGUAAAACAGGGGCCAGAGAAAGGCCAGGUGAAAGAGGUGCUGAAAAGGAGGAUGGAGGUCGAGAAGAUCCUCUCGGUGUCACUGAGCACAAUGCAGGACGAUUUCCUGAUUUUGCAUGAGCAGGAGUACGACAGUCUGCUGGAGUCGGUCUUUAAGACGGAAUUCCUCAGCCUCUUGGCCAAGCGCUACGAGGAGAAAACACAGAGGAAGCUGCAGCUGAAGUUCAGCAACACGCUCGAAGUGAAGGUGAGGAAGGAUAACUGGGGCCCGUGGGGGGCUGGCGGCUCUCGACAGGUUCAGUUUGUUCAAGGCCACGGAGCCGUGCCUGUCCUGAAAGCCAACAACAAGAGCCUGCAGGUCAGCAUCGGUCAGGGGCUGCCGAAGAAUUCCCGGCCCACAAGGAGGGACUUAACCCACGCCAGGACGAAAAGCGCCAAACCGAUCAAAGGACAAACCGCAUCGUUCCCAAUCCGUGCUGCGCCCCCUCCCCCAAAAGGUUCCCAUCAGAACGGAGUCGUAAAAAGCGCUUACGGCAACCCGCAGCGACCCUCCUCGAAUCUGCGAGGCGGUCACCGGAUGCCCACAGCGGCCACAGCCAACGACCGCCCUUCGCUGCCUGCGACCGGCACCAACUCCAAAGACAAGAGUUCCCGCGUCCAGCACAACCUGGAUUUCCUGAAAGUGCCGGAGCGAGGCGCAGCAGGGGAACACAGACAGACGACAAACCGCCCGACCCCAGGCGGAGGUCGGCCCAAACCGCAGCCCAAACCCAAGCCUCACGUGCCUCACUGCAAAGCCUUGUACGCUUACGACGCUCAAGACACGGACGAGCUCAGCUUUAAUGCCGAUGACGUUAUAGAGAUUGUUCGAGAAGAUCCAUCAGGUUGGUGGAUUGGCAGACUGCGAGGAAAGCAAGGAUUAUUCCCCAACAAUUACGUUGCCAAGAUCUAGAGCGGUGUUGUCUUCAAACUACAUGGACAAAACCAAAUAACAAAUCAAGACACUUUUGGAGAUAUGAACACUAACUUUUGAGAUGGCUGAAUUUUUAAGGGGGGGGGCCUUAGUACAAGUCUACAACCAGUGUAGGCUGGAGAUGCACAGCUGCUGUGAUAGCACUGAAGGAAAUGUAAUUUAUUGUAUUUAUAACCAUCCCCUGGAAUGAAGGCUUAUACACUAUUGUAGCAUUUAACUUGGACCAGAAAAAGGCCUAUAUAUAUAUAGGUUUAUUACUACUGUUCUAAGUGCCUGUUUGGCAACACCUUAUUAAUCUCUCAUUUUAGUCAAUGCUAAGUUUUCAAGUGUAUUGACAAAAGGUGAACCUUCCCUUUAAGAAGUAGUUUUUGAAUUGGGGAAUGAAAAGACAUUUGUUGCUGCCACAUAUGAAAGACUUGGCAGAGGAUACACCCAAAGGAAAGCCGGGGAUGUGUGGAGUGGGGAGCAAAUAAGAAAAAAUAUUCUCAAUUUAAAUAUUUAAAGCCACCAAAUGUCCUAACUGAUUAACUUGUGCACAAUAUGAAGGUUUAAUGGCAUUUUUGACUUCAGUACUGUAUAAAUGUAAGAUUACAAGUGCCUUUUAAGUAAGUGCAAAUGUGGCUGGUCCAUAUUUUAAAGUGCUUUUUUUCUGAUGUAAGUAGUGCAAAGGUUUUAGUGUACAUUAGGAAAAUGGGAAUCAAAAGGCAUUUAUCUAAUGCACUACUCAGCAGGUUUUAGGUUAUUCCAUAGGUUUGGGGAACACAAGACCCAUUUAUUCAUAUUUGUUUAUCAAUUGUGANUUUUUUAAUUCAAUAUAUAAAAACAGUCUGAAAGCAAUGCAUUAAGGAUGGAUGAUUUCUGGAUGGACAAUAAAAUUGUGCAUUUUACUAUC